AUGUUUCUAUGUCGCCACCCUCCACAAUUAGACAGUUGGAGGGUGAACGACUUUCUCCAUCAGUUCGAAUCUUGCAUAGAAGUUGCGAUCCAAAAACAAAAAGAACAAAUGUCUGUUGAGCAAAAUGAUGCUUCUGAAGUAUUGGUAGUGACAUUUGACUGUUUACACCAAUCGUUCAAAUCAUCUGGUUCUGGUUGUGGUGUUAUUUUUGAUAUUGAAGAAAAGGAAAACAGUGGAAUGGGAAUGGGGGAAUGGGAGUGUGAAAACGGCCUGAUUCUGAAGGUCAUGAACAUUUAUGGAGAACUUGUCCCCCUCAGCGAAGAAAAGGUAAGAGAUUUCAUCUUGAUUGAAAAAAAUAUAAUGUGUGAUUGUUUACAUUACAGAUUUGGAAUCUUGGUUCAACUGGAUGCACAUCUCAAGGGAGUGAACUGUGCGGAUUACUUUGCUGGUGGUGAUAAACCUUAUCUUAUUACUGGAUCAAAUGAUCACACUGCUAAGGUUUCUGAUGGAGAGAGGCUGCAUUUAGCAGUUAAAGAACUGGGAACAUGUGAUCUUUAUCCACAAAGCUUGAAGCACAACCCAAAUGGGACGUUUGUUGUUGUCUGUGGUGAUGGGAAAGUACAUCUAAGAUCAAGAUCUUCAACAAAUCUUUUCAGUGAGGCAUUAGCCACUCUCAUUCUUAACAAACUCCUUGCUGGUAUCAAGGUCUGCACCAUUAAAGCCCCUGGUUUUGGAGAGAACCGAAAGUCAAACUUGCAGGAUCUUUCAACUCUGACUGGAGGAGAGGUCAUAACUGAUGAACUUGGCAUGAAUCUUGAUAAAAUGGCACCAGAAAUGCUAGGGAAUUGCAAAAGGGUAGUAUUGAAACCACAUUGCUAUUUUUAA